UUUCGUCUCAGGGCAAGUUUAGGUACCGGCUUAUCUUGUUCAUCCGGGCACCUCUUUCGUUAACCACUACGACCGAAAACAUUCAGACAGCGAGUAAACUUCAAACUUUUUUUGUCCAUGGAAAACACCGAAAAUCGCGUGUCUGGUUUAGAGCUGUGGUUGCCAGAGACAUUCUUUCAGUGUAUAUCUCAGUUAGACAGCCAAAGCACGCAAAGUAUUAUAUCUUACACGUCACUUGACGAGCAAAAUCAUGAGAAUGGACGAAUAGAAAUUCAAAAGAUCACCGAGUCUGUUCCCGAGAAGCCACCAAGCUUAAAAUUAAUGUUUUCUGGCAAUAUAGCCAGUGAUUUCGAAAAAAGGUACUGUUGCAAAAUACUUCGUAUUAGUGAAAUUGUCAGAACAAAAGAGGAAAGGAAAGUAUUUAAAGAUGGAUAUCGAGAGGAAAAUGCUGCUCCAAACACUUUAAGUCAUAAAACGGACAAUGUCACAAGACUAACAAAGAAGACUAAAAGCAAAAAGCGCAAACUACAUCAUUUACAGACUGUCAGUCACCUUGAAAGUUAUUCAGCUGAACCUUCAUCAUAUAAUGAUGUAGGUAUCAUUGAAACAGAAGCAGUGCCUAUAGAAAGUAAGGAUGUAGACGAAGAGAAAAGUCGAUCUGUGGAUGAUGUUCAGACAUUUGCCAGACGGAGGAGUUCCAGACAGAAGAAACCUUCUACACUGCUUAAGGAAAUAAAAGGGGAAUUCUUAGAUUAUGAUAGUUCAAAGGUCUGUGAGAGCAGUUUAGUAUCAACUGAAGAUGUAGAGGGAUUAGGACCAGUCGAGGUGGGGAAUUUUGAUCUAGAGAAUAACAAGCAAAAAUUAAAUGUGGAAAUUGCAGAAUGUGAAAUUUGUGGGAAAACUUUAGCAAGAAAUAGACUUGCUGUACAUGUCCAGAGAGCACAUCAGAAAGAUAAUAAUUUUGAAAACUAUAUAUCUCGUCUUAAAGCAGAAACAAAAAGGAAAACGAUCAUAAGAAAUGAUCAGUGUAACUUGUGCAAGAGGUGGUUUACAUCCAAGAAAAAUCUAUCUGUUCAUAUAAGUAUAAAACAUCCAAAAGAGUCUGCAUAUCUAAAUGCUGUGAAAGGGAAUUCCAAGGUGAUCUGUAUGCUAUGUGGUGCUUCGGUGGUGAAUCUACAUACUCAUACAGAAAGAUGUCACAGUGAAAAACUUGGAUCCUAUCACUGUGACGAAUGCUUCAAAGCCUACAACAGUGAACAGUUAUUAAAAGAGCACAAGUACAGAGUGCACCAGUUAAAAGAAAGGCACCUGUGUCACCUGUGCCCCAGGUCGUUCAAACAUGCACGCUAUCUGCAGGAUCACAUUCAAGAUGCACACAUACGUAACAAACAUUAUGAAUGUGACGAAUGUCACAAGGUAGUCACUACUGCUAAAACUCUCUACAAACACAAAAAGACACAUACUGGGAAGAAGUCUCACACUUGUGCUUAUUGUGGUAAAGGCUUUUUUGAAGGUCCCAACAUGCGGAGACAUGUAAGACUGAUUCACGAGACUAACAGCGUGGAGAGAGUACAGUGCCCAGAGUGCGAUAAAACGUUUACCCUGAAAUCCAAUCUUAAGCAGCACAUGGAUGCUGUGCAUAAUCAUCAGUUUACUUACAAAUGUAGCCUGUGCCAUCGCGGGUUCUAUCGACGGAACAAACUAGAAGAGCAUAUGAAAUCCCAUGAACCGUUUUAUGUUGUCCAGCCUUCUGGUCAGUUGACCAAAGUUCCAACAUCUCAUGUUAUGGACAGUACUUUUCUGUUGCCUUCCUCAAACAUGGAUGGUGUAGAGAUGGCCAUAUCAAGUCUUCAUGGUGGGGAGGGGAAUGACCACCCCCACCCCACGGACUACUCAACCAGUGAGGAUAACAUUCAGCAAGAGCUAUUGCGGCUGGAGAGCAGUGCUGAUCAUACACAGCCAAUACACACAGGUAGCAGUCUAUUAUCAGGUCACUCUGGUCAGAUGUCAGUGGUCACCUCGGAGUCCGAGACUAUGGCCGUCCAGCAAACUCACUCAGGGGCAUCACCUAAACAGCAGACCAUCACACUUGGUGAAGGGACAGGCCAGGGCCAGGAAAUUAAGUUCAUAUUCAUACCUGCUGAUAAUGCCAAAGUGCAAAAUCUGGAGUAUUAGUUUUUCUUUUUUUUUUUUUUUUAAAUAAAUCAGUAUUAUGCGUGUAAUGUUUGACAGAUAUAUGAAUUUUAAAAGGAUGCAUACAAAGCAAGAAGGCAUGUCAAAUUAUUGCCCUUAAAUAUGACAUACGCCACCAUAUAUUUCAGUUAAGCAAUUAAUAGGUAUACCUCAGAGUUUUAUUAUUCCCGAAAAAUAUUUAAAUAGAUGUUUUUUGCUUACUUUCUAUGCCAUACAUGAUACCUGGUCAUUUUUGUCACCUCUCAUUUGAUUUAUGCUAUUUCACAUGCAUCAGUUAGACAUCAAACAGGACUACAUCAUUUGGCGGGCUUUUAAGAACUGGAAGGACUGGAGAGUAGGUCAAAUUUAUGACAAAAAAAGUUAAAGGUGCAGUUUUAAAGCCAUUUUUUGGCUUACCAAGUGAUUAAUUUGGUUUAUCGUUUGGCACUUGGACUCAAUUUGUGUAGGAAACUGGUAGUAAGGAUUUAUGUGUUACAGGAAAUUUAUGCUUUAAGUUACAUUUUUACAUGAUGGAAUAUUAAGAGUUUUAUGCUCUUAAUCAGUCAAUCAUCUAUUUUGAGGCUUUUAUUUCAGCCUCAUGUCUGCUGUAAAGGGAAAAUGCUUGAAGAUUUUUUCUUAGCAUUAAAACUUUAUUUUGUACAAACAAAUAAAAAAAGGUAUGUGUAAUG